AGAUACACGCGGAAACUCCGCCCCGGGUGUCUGGGCUGCUGUAAGCAUGCUCUAAAGAUUUGACGCGCAGGGAAUUUAGGGACAUAAACAGCGUGCAUUGUUUACAGGCUGGUUAAGGGUGGACCCAUUAGCUAAACGGGGGUUACAAUGUCGGUAGAAGUCGAGGAGCAGAGUCCCGCAUAUGACAGCAAAUGCAUCUUCUGCAAGAUCGCUAAUAAUCAGGAGAGUGGUGCCGAGAUGCUGCACUGUGAUGAUGAUUUGGUAUGCUUUAAAGAUAUAAGACCUGGUGCUCCUCAUCAUUAUCUGGUAGUACCCAAGAAACACGUGGGGAACUGUAAAUCUCUUACAAGUGAGCAUCUACAACUAGUGAAAAGCAUGGUGGAUGUGGGAAAAAAUGUUCUGCGGAGCAACAAUGUUACAGAUUUGGAUGACAUAAGGUUGGGUUUUCAUUGGCCUCCCUUCUGCUCUAUAUCGCACUUACAUCUACAUGUUCUGGCUCCCGCCAGUCAGCUGGGAUUUCUCUCCAGAAUGAUUUAUAGGCUCAACUCCUAUUGGUUUAUAACGGCUGAUCAGCUGAUCGAACGACUUCAGUCAAGCAAUCCUACAAGCUAGUAGCCUGUACAAAGAUCUAUAAAAUCAUACCUGCUGCAAUACCAGUUAGUAAAUCAGAUGAGCCCUUAAUGAGUUCGCUGAAUGAUUGCAAUGUUGAUUGAUUACAAUUCAGAUUGUAAAGGCUGAAAAAUAAUUUGCAUGUAGUUUUUGGUUUUAGCUGAGAAGCUAUCAAGAUAUAGGUAAGAAAAUCUGUGUAUAAGGCAAAUCUCUCACAAAAUGGUAAAUAUUUUACCUUUAUAGAAUUUUUUUAUGUUUUUAUGUGUAACAUGCAAAUGUUAAAAUGUGUUCACGACAGAAUAUAAGAACAUUUCUGUUUGUGACAUAUGUCAAAAAAAUAUUAACUCAAGGUUCUACAAAUCCAGGAAGCCACAGCUUCUAGAAUUAUACUCCUGGCUUCCACUUAUUUAGAUUUUUCCUCUACCCAUAUACAGAAAGCAUUGCAUGACUUCUAAAUUAUAUACAGCUGCCGACUCCUCAAUCUUCUGUCUGAUAUUAGUUUGUCAAGCUAUGUAUUAAAGCAUAUUUCUAAUGUAAAGCAAUGAUUUUUAUUAUAACUGAACAUUGAAGUCUAAUACACUUGUUCCAUAGCUCUGUUUAACAAAUCUGGGAAUUUAAAUACAACUAAGCCUUAUGCGUCAUUUCUUCAAUCCUGCAUCAAUUGGUGCAAUUUUCUUGAAACUACUAAUUGAAAUUACUGUGAGCAUAUUUUUUUUUUUUGAAUAGUAGAAAAAGAUUAAUUUGUCUUUGUUUUUCUGAGCGCUCUCAGAAUGUUGAACUAAUACUUUAUCUCUAGCUACUUCUUUUUAAAAAGCCUAUCACUCUCGCUGUACUGAAAUGUAUUUACUAUUUGUUUUGCUGUUUAGUAGAAAAUAGUCGUAUACCUCAGCAAAAAAACAAUACAAUGUUUUUUUCUUUAUUUAUUUGGCAUUGAGAUGGAUUUAAAAAUACUGUCUUGCAUUUUAAUAUGUUCUUAACAUUACAUAGCAGACUUUUGUGUAUUUACUGUUCAUGUAAAUAUUUUUAUUUUAUAUUUAGAUCUAUGAUUAAACAUUAAUUUAUUGAAAUCAAAUUGUUGUCUUAUCCAUCUUAAAUGUACAGUAAUAUUUUGCUGUGUUGAAUAAAGAUACAAACAACAUGAAUGAAAAUAA